AUGAAGCAAGCCUGGGGCCGCCGUAAGUGCUCGUUCGUGGUGCCCCCUGUACUCGCUCUCCGCCCUUGCCCCGCGCUCGUUUUGUCCUUUAGCUGCUUGUUUGGGCCCGCCCUCCUCCCCCUCGACCUGCAGUUCGAGUCAUCAUCCCCCCACUCACCCGCGCGCCUUGCCGUUUCCGGAUGCUGACCCACGCUUGUUCCCGCGGUGACCCUUGACGUGGCCAUACCCCGGACGAACAGUCUUGAUCGCUGGCGGGUAAGUCGGAUCUGUCCCCUCACUACCCCCCUCUCUGCCGCGCUAGGGCCGAACACGCGCUUGUCGGCGACUGUGCCUCAACAGUCCCCAUUCAUCAUUCGAGCCUCUUGUGUGGCCUUGCAUUCCGAGCGCGCCGACGCUGACUUUGCGUCGGAUCCGUCAACGUUGUUUCACACAACUCCUGCACUCUGUCGCUCCAAUGCCACCCCUAACAUUCUCUCCCCAUUCGCCCUUUUCCCCCGUUUCUUCCCUCUAUCUUCGCCGCACAUCGUCAUGUUGUUUCGUACCAUGCCAUUUUUCUGCUACUUUCUUUGUCACAGGACGGAUUUCGCCAUCUUGGGUCGUAAAGACAGGACCGGCAACAAGCCAAGCAGCGCGCAUCCCGAAAGGUAGGGACCCCCUUUCCGGAAAAAGCCUGCUCGGCACCGCGAGUUUCUUCCGCGUUGGCUCAUUUCCGACUCGUAUACCCCUAUAGACCGGAUCUCCCCGCAGCCCAGAUUAUGCGAUGGGUCGCCAAUGGUAAGGCAACACAAGCAUCCUUGCCACAUCCACUCAGCGAUGAGGGUGUCCACCUGCAACCGGUGCUUGGCUCGAUUCAGCCCCUCGGUGCCUCCUUUCGGCAACUUCUGGCUGACCGAACGUACGGGGUUUCUCGUUUCGAAAACAGUCAAAUUCAAGAGUGUCCACAUGUCCCAUUCGAGCUGCCAUGCUGUCGCUAUUUCGAGUGAGUCAUGCUGUGUGAGUGCCUGCGUUCCCGUGCAAGCAGAGGCUGAUUUUCAUCAUUCUCGCUCGAACGCAGGCUCAAACGAGGUACGACCUCUCUAUGCGCCGCCAACGAAUAGAUGCACAAUACUCACCCGAUUUUUUGGGGAUCUAGGCCUACCUCUUUGGACGCAACGAACACUACCAGCUCUCGUACCCUCUGCCUGCAGAGUUGACGACUCCGUUCCUCUCAACCGACGGCACCCCGUCGCCGACCCCUCCCGCCUCGUUCCCAUUCCCCCUCAAGUCCCUGCCAGAGCAGAACGUACCGGUGAAUUUGAGAUCACAGGGCAUUGUCUCGGCAGCGACGGGUCGUGGGCACACCAUCCUGAUCACUGAGCAUGGUGAAGCAUGGUCGGCUGGAUGGAACCACUUUGGUCAAGUCCGUCAAUUCUGAUGCGUUUCAUUCAACUAGGGCGUCGCUGACUCUAUCCUCUCACAUGAUCUUUCUAUCACCUUCCCAGUGCGGACACGAUAACGAGGCACACGAGCAUGUCACCGGGUUCACACGCGUUCUCGGCGAUCUACGAAGGGAGAAAGUUGUGGCCGCCAGUUGCGGAACGACCUUCUCCCUCUUCCUGUGCAAGUCGGGACGCGUCUACGCCGUAGGCACGGGCGAGAAAGGUGUUUUGGGCAACGGGAGAACGGGAGAACACAUUGCCGCAUCAAAGGUGCUCUUCACCGAACAGUCCGAGCCGCUGCUCGUGCAGGGCGUAUUGCGAGGGAAGCAGAUUGUGCAGAUUGCGUGCGGGCAACAGCAUGCGAUCGCGCUCGAUGAGGAGGGUGUUGCCUACGCCUGGGGUUUCGGAGGUGGGUCAGGUUUCAGCGGUAUACGUUAUGAUGCGCGGUAUCGAUGCUGACCACAAGCUGUGGUUCACCAGGUCUCGGUCGACUUGGAACCGGGAAGCAAGAGGAUGCUCUUUCACCGGUCGCCAUCCCAGCCUUUCAAUAUCCGACCGAGACAAGUCGAAUCGUCAAGAUCGCGUGUGGUGCGACCAACUCGAUGUUCAUUGAUGGUCAAGGGAUGGUACUGCUGUGUGGUAAGUUGCGAUCAUGGGCGGUGUGGAUUGUGACCAGUGCCUGAUCGUCACCUUUUCUUCGUUCAGGUCGAUGGAAAACGUCAGGGGAUGGAAGUGCGGGUCAGGUGAGUGAAGCUGACUUGAAUCGUAGAUGCAACAUCCUUUCUAAGCUUUGUUGGGUCGGGUCGGGUUCGUUAGCCCUGGAUGACGCCCAAGUCCGUGUUGGACCUCCAAGGCAUAAAGUGGGAUCAGAUCGCCGCGGGCGGCGUCACCUUGUUCGCCAAUGCCAGCAACGACCAGGAUGGCGAAGUGACGGUCAGUUGGGGGCAGAACGCACAAAACGGUGAAUUGGCUCUAGGUGUCGACGCUCCUCGAUCGGCAACGAAACCUUCUCGAAUUGAACCGCUUGAUGGAGUCGAGAUCCUCGAUAUUGCCGCGGGUCAAGCCACAACCCUGUUCAUCGCUCGUCCACCCGCCAUCAAGGGUGCAGAGGUGGACCAGAAAGCGGAUGAGGUCGACACGCCGGAUGCGACCGAAAAAGCGGAUGAGGUCGAGAAUGGUUCAACGUCACAGGCGUCGAAAGCGCUCCGCCCCGUCGUGGACCUGUCCGGCUUUGGGUUCUCAUUCGGUCCUCCCGUUCCCGUCGCGGUGGUGACGCCUGUCGCUUCGGCUCGAGCGACCAAGGAUACGGGGGCAAGUCGAACAGCGCAGGAGAAGUGGGAUCAGAUUGGCCGGUUCCCUGUCGUGUACGAUGCGACGGACAGUUGUCUGGUCUGUGGAAAGUUCGAGGGGCCGGAGGAAAGCUUGGAGUGCGAGAUGGUACGUCUCGUUGUCGAUGGGGCGAGACAAGAUCAAGCGCUGAGUUCGACAUUGAUCUCCUCGCAGUGCGAGAAUGCCUUCCAUGGCGCGUGUUUGAGCCCACCGAUCAAGGGUAUUCCCGAGGGCGAGUGGUUCUGCCCCAAGUGUGCGCCGCCAGGUGAAAGAGGAGCCGGUGGGGGUGGUAAGAAGCGAAAGGCCGAGGACGACGAUGGUGAGUGUUCGCCACCUUGA